AUUUGUUGAAUAUGGAGACUCCACUUUCAUCUAUACCGCAACUAAUCCCAAAUCUUACUUCAGCUACAAUGGUUGAUGGAUCCCCACGUGCUGUUUCUGUUGAUACGGAGCUACUAGCGGCCGUCCCGGACACUAAGCUUCGCUUCAUGUGCAGCUUCGGCGGCCACAUCAUGCCUCGUCCACACGACAAGGCGCUGACGUACUCUAGCGGCGAGACACGUCUAGUUGUUGUUGAUCGACGCUCCUCACUAGCCUCGCUUCGAUCUCGUCUCUCUAGUAUGCUUCUCAGUGGCCGGUCCUUCACGCUCAAGUACCAGCUCCCUAACGAAGAUCUUGAUUCACUCGUCACCAUCGCUACCGAUGAAGAUCUUGAGAACAUGAUCGAGGAAUACGACCGCGCGACCUCAUCAGCAAUGACGAGUGCAACGCAUCGGAUAAGGUUGUUUCUUUUCGCUAACAAGCUUGAGACGGCUGCUACCAUGGGAUCUCUGCUUAACAGCACAAAGUCGGAGACGUGGUUCGUUGAUGCUUUGAACCAGACCGGCUUGCUUCCGCGUGGUUUGUCGGAUUCUGCCGCUGUGAAUAACACCUUGGUGAAUCUUGAUGAGGAGACCGGAGGAGAGACAGAACUAGAAGCUGAUGUGGGUGGUGAGAACAACAAGCGGGGAGAUUACUUCACAAACGAUGUGAUGCCUCAUCAGGAGAUGCAUAUGAGUUCUAUGCCUGAUUCUCCUAUGUUGGAACCCGCCGGUGGUUCUUCCUCUUCUUCUCCUUCCACUGCCAACUUGCCACCGAUCCACGUUAGAGUCAGCGAAGAUGGCAUUGGUUUAAUGGAAAGUCAGCCAAUGAUGGGGUAUGACAAUAAUGCACCUAUUGAUAAUGUUACUGCCGUAAGAAACUGUCAGGCUUCAUCCGAUGACGAUCGAACGGAUCCUAAUGUGAUGGUUGGAUACAAAAAGCCACCGUUGCCGAUGCAACCUUUGGUGAUCCCUCUCAGGGGUGCCGGCGGGUAUGGCUUCACAUCUCCUGAUUCUAUUGCAAGUGAUACUAGCAUUUCUUCUGCUACUUCAUUUUCAAAGCCGAUGAACUACCAAGAACAAGCUCCAGCUGUGCCAAAACCCCCCAUAACACAGCCUGAAACCACAUUGGUCCAAACCAGUCACGGCAUACCUCCGCUUGAAACCACUCUAGUCCCAACCACACCACUCAUCUUAUCUCAGUCAGGUACAUACACAACAAUGGACCAACAACACCAACUCCCGGUUCAACAACCUCUCUUACACCAAGGUGUUCAAUACAUCCCUCAUCCAUCACAAUACAUCCCGGUUUACUCUCAUCAGCGGCAAAACUACCCGGUUUACGUGAUGUCCGUUCCACAAUCUCAACAAUAUGUCCCAGCAAAAACUCCCCCGCUCUACCCAAGACCUGAAGCCGCUCAAAACGUUUAUCAAGCUGUUAUGUCGCAAACCCCUCAGGUUCAUCAAAUUCAGCAAUUGCAACAGCCUCAACAUCAAUAUAUGAGUUACUCUGGAGGUCCCCAACACGGUGCAAACGCAAAUUCUAAUUAUAAUGGGUCAUACGAGUACACAAACCUGCCAAGUGAGUCGAUGUAUUUCCAUACACAACAUCCUCCUGCUAGCAAUGCUAUUCAAUUAGUAUCUCCGUACCAAAGCAUGACACCUGCGGCAGCAGCAGCCGCUCUAGCCGAUAUGUCCAAGCAGAUGACUCUUGAUAACGACAAAGAACAUCAACAUAUGGCUGCAUCUCAACCGCUUUAAACAUUUACUGAUGCAUUUUUCUUCUCUUAUGACGCGUACUAUAAUAAUGUCGAUCGAGUUACAACUCACUAAAUAUAAAUAUAUAGGCUAGCUUUCGUUAUAUAGUUUUCUGAAUGUAUUGUAGUUAUUAUUAAUGUCUCUUUUUCUUUUUGAAAAUAAUACUUGUUUGAAUGGAUGAUUUCUCUAAAUAUUAUAUC